AUGGAUACCGCGACCCCCCCGUUAGGGACCCCUGUUAGGGACAUCCCCUUCCCCCCUGAUGCUUCUAGGUCUUGGGCUAGUCUUCUCGGUGGUGACAACAGUAGGGAUGAAUCUGUGUCCAUCCCCUUCAUCGGGCCCGCGAUAGUUAAUGGUGAGAAGGUAGCCUUUUGCCCGGCCGAUGAUCUGGAUGAGGAGAAAGCUCGCGGGGACGCUGCCUUGGUUGCCUAUGUUUUUGGGCAACGCCCAUCUUUCUCUUCGAUGAAACGUUACGCCUUGGAAAAGUGGGCACAUGUUGGAGCAGUCGAGGUCUACGGGUUGGAGAGUGGAAUAUUUAUUUUUGACUUCCAAGAUGCUUCUUUGAGUAGACAGAUAUUGAAUGAGGGGCCAUGGACCCUGGGUUCUCGGCCCUUAAUCCUUAGACCUUGGUCCUCGAAUGUUUCUCUUACAAAGAAGGAAGAGACCCUCCUCCCCCUUUGGGUGAGACUGUACGGGUUAAAUUUACACUUCUGGGGCAACCGUUCACUUGGAUGUAUAGCUAGUGUUAUUGGUAAACCCAUUUGCAUGGAUCAAAGAACGGCCCAACGAGAACGUCUUUCAUUUGCAAGAUUAUAUGUUUUAGUCAGUGCAACGGAUGGCCUUCCAGACUUGAUCCCCAUCUCAUUGGAGGAUGGCUCGGUCCUACAGCAACCGAUCGUUUAUGAAUGGGCUCCCCCCCACUGCAGCGCAUGCAAGGUCUUUGGCCAUAGUACCAGCUCUUGCCCUCACACGAUGGCUACCACUGGAGUGUUGGAGGCUGAGCUACCAAAGAUCGGCCAGACUAGUGCAACCGACUAG